UGGUGACAGGUGAGCUGGAGGGUAGCAGGAUGUCUUGUGGAUCAGACAUGACUUUGAUUGACUGUGCCGGAGCCAGAAUCUCUGGGUGCUGGUCACUGAGCGGGAGCGGCGAGGACUCGUUGGACCGGCUCCUGCUGCACACUGGGGCCCCACGCAGGAAGAGCGCCACCUCCCUGAGUAAAACAGAGCCCCCUCUGCUCCGCACAGGCACACGCACCAUCUACACGGCCGGACGCCCCCCCUGGUAUGACGAGCACGGGGCUCAGUCAAAGGAGGCCUUUGUCAUCGGGUUGUGUGGGGGCACAGCCUCAGGGAAGACCACCGUGGCCAAUAAGAUCAUCGAGGCCUUGGAUGUGCCGUGGGUUGUGUUGCUGUCUAUGGACUCUUUUUAUAAGGGUUUAUCCCCAGAGGAGCAGGUCCUGGCUGCUAACAAUGACUACAACUUUGACCAUCCCGGAGCGUUUGACUUCGAGCUGCUGGUCGCCACGCUGAGAAAACUAAAGCAGGGGAAGAGUGUGAAGAUCCCUGUGUACGACUUCACCACGCACAGGAGACAGAAAGACUGGAAAAAUGUGUAUGGAGCCAGUGUUAUCAUACUCGAAGGAAUUAUGGCUUUUGUAGACAAAGAGCUUCUUCAGCUGCUGGAUAUGAAAAUCUUCGUGGACACAGACUCAGACAUCCGACUCGUGCGCCGCCUCCGCAGGGACAUCACCGAGCGGGGGCGGGACAUCGAAGGCGUCAUCAAGCAGUACAACAAGUUUGUGAAGCCGGCCUUCGAGCAGUACAUUGAGCCGAGCAUGAGGCUGGCUGAUAUCGUUGUGCCGAGAGGUGGUGGGAACAUGGUGGCCAUUGAUCUGAUAGUCCAGCAUGUUCACAGCCAGCUGGAGGAGCGUGAGCUCAGUGUCAGGGCGCUCCUGGCGUCCGUCCAGCAGACGCAGCCGCUGCCGCAGACUCUGAGCGUGCUGGAGAGCGUGCCGCAGGUCAGAGGUCUGCACACCAUCAUCAGGAGCAGAGAAACCAGCCGAGAUGAGUUCAUCUUCUACUCGAAGAGAUUAAUGCGCCUUCUCAUCGAACACGCGCUGACGUUUCUACCAUCUCAGCCGUGUGUGGUCCAGACUCCUCAGGGCCACGAGUACGAGGGCCGCAGCUACAACGGGAGGGGGAUCACUGGCGUGUCGAUCCUGAGGGCGGGGGAGACCAUGGAACCCGCCCUGAGGGCCGUGUGCAAAGACGUCCGCAUCGGCAAGAUCCUCAUUCAGACCAACCUGGACUCAGGAGAACCAGAGCUGCAUUACCUGCGUCUGCCUAAAGACAUUGGUGAAGAUCAUGUCAUCCUGAUGGACAGCACCGUCUCCACCGGCGCUGCUGCCAUGAUGGCCGUGCGAGUCUUACUGGAUCACGAGGUGCAGGAAGAUAAGAUCAUGCUGGUGUCGCUGCUGAUGGCUGAACUCGGGGUGCACUCUGUGGCCUACGCCUUCCCAAAGGUCAAAAUCAUCACCACAGCUGUGGACAAGAGUCUGGACGACUUCUUCCACGCAGUUCCUGGAAUCGGGGACUUCGGGGACCGGUACUUCGGGACGGACUGCUCUGACAGCUGGAGUGACGGAGACGACCAGGAGCAGCUGCUCUAACCGCUUCACUUAUUGUGAUCUUCGGCUAAAAACAAAACAACUGCUUGUUGCACAUCCUCCUCUUCAGGUAUAGACUAGUGCUGUAACGAAGCUUAUGACUCGCUCCUGUCGUUAAUUUUUUAGGAUUUUCAUACAGAAAGGUCAAAGAUGCAACACUGUACACACAGUUAUCUUUCAGGUACAAUAACACAGUAAAAAUGACAGAUUAAAUAAGAACCUCCAGGAUGUGGACGCUGAUUUUUACACUGGAUUUAUUUUUUAUAAACUUUGUUAAUGCUUGAUUACUAAACUCUACAAUGCAAGAGACAAGCAGGUCAUUACUGUCAUUUUCAUUGUGUUUAUGGUUGUAGUGAAACUGGGCUUAGUUAUAGGUAGAUCUAAGCAACAAACACAAACUAUUUCUUACAGAGGCUAAACCUAAUGCAUCUUUUAUUAAUGUUUUUUUUUUUUUUUUGCACAUUGUCUCUGUUAAAUAACUAAACUAAACUAAAGAUCUGCUGUUUGGGACAACUGAGGAUCAUGGGAGAUYUUUUGACAGAAACUGAAACAUAGUUAAAUAAUUGCUCAUAUUAAAAUUCCUCUUCACACAGUUAAUAUUUGUAUUCAGUCCAUCUAAAAGUAAAGAAGGAAUUUAUUUAAAGUCUGUUUAUAAAAAGCUUACAUUAGUUUCAUAAACAGCAAAAUUAUGUUGUUUUGAAGCAAAAACAAACUCCAAGUGUUUCUCUCUUUUAGAUAAUGAUAAAUUUCUCCUUUUGUCAUUUAUUUUAGUCAUUCAUGAGUUUUUUUAAUGUUUUGUCUCUAAUUUAGGAAUUAAAACAGAUAGUUUAUCAUCAUUAAUUGAUAACACAAUUUAUUUGAUCCGCUCUUAAUUUAUUGCACUGAAAAAUGUUUGUGUUUUUUAUGAUGCUAUUUUGUUUCUGCAGUCUGAAAAAAUAGGUAAAAAUGUGGUUAAAGAUGAAUUGAAAUAAAGAGUUUUGUUAUUUUAAAACAAAUGAAA